AUGGCCAAUACCUCGGAUUUGCACGCCGCGAAGCUAUUCUCUGUGAAGGACUAUGUCUGCGUGAUCACAGGAGGCGGCUCAGGCAUUGGCCUCAUGUCCGCUCAAGUUUUAGCUGCCAACGGUGCGAAAGUCUACAUCACCGGUCGACGUGCCGAGGCGUUGGAGAAGGCGGCAAAGGAACACAGCCCAGCCGAUGGUAAUGGCAAGAUCAUCCCAAUUGGCCCUUACGACGUCACCAAGAAAUCAGAUUUGGAGAAGCUAUAUGAUGAACUCUCAAAAAAAGAGAAGUACAUCAAUUUACUAAUUUGUGCGGCGGGCAUCUCUGGCACCAAAGCCGAGCCGGACCAGGAAUCUGCAACGUCUCUCAAGGAAAAGCUAUGGAAAAACGAGACCUUCGAGAAAUGGAAUGAGACGUACAACACAGAUGUUACUGCAGUCUACUUCUCGACAGUUGCGCUUCUUCCCCUGCUCCAGGCGGGAACAGAAAGCCACGGCCACCUGUCUGCUUCGGUCAUUGUCAUCUCGUCAAUGUCAGGAAUAAUGCGCGAUUCCCAAGGUCAUUUCUCAUACAACGCCGCGAAAGGAGGAACUGUUCACCUGACGAAGCUCAUGUCUGCGGAGUUCCAGAAAGUCCGAAUACGCGUCAACUCGAUUGCUCCUGGAUACUUCCCUAGCGAGAUGACAGCAAAGGAGAGUGAUGAGCGGAUGAAGAGUCAGGUUCCAGAUGAAAAGAUACAAGAGAAAGGCCAUGUUCCCAUGGGAAGGGCUGGAAGCGACGAAGAAAUGGCCCAGACAGUACUGUUCCUUACCAAAAACGCCUAUGUAAAUGGCGAGAUCAUUGCGGUGGAUGGAGGUGUCUUGAAUGUGGUCAGUGGGCGAUGA